AUCAGGAUGAGAUGAAGAGAAACCAAGAUGAGAUGAAGCAAAGUAUGAACCAGAUGAGAGAACAGUUUGAGAGGAUAAUGAUGAUGAUGAACCAAACAUUUCAAAGAAAUAAUACAAACAAGAAGGGUGCCAGCGCUAUGAAUCACACAACUCCAGUCAACAAUCAAGAUGUUAUUAUUAUUGGUGGUCGGUGUGGCCCAGGAAGUGACGAGCUUUUAAAUACAGUGGAGAAAUACAACAUAGUACAAGGAAAGUCAACUCUGCUGCCACGAUUGAAUCAUCCUCGAAUAUUAUCAGGAUCGUGUGUUUACAACAAUGACGUUCUUGUCGUUGGUGGUUUCGAUGGUAAAGAAGAAACUGACACGUUCGAAGUUUUGAAGAUGAACCAACAUCCUUUGCGAUGGACAAUGUUUGAUGGUAAACUACCUGUUAAAUUAUCUGGUCAUGACGUAAUAGUUUAUCAAGGAAAAUUAUAUAUAAUAGGAGGAUAUGACGGGAAUGAAAGAAAAACAUCGAAUGCUAUUUAUGAGAUUGCUCUUACCCCACAUUAUACUGCCAAGCUGCUGACGAGAAUGCCUGAGCCAAAAAAGAAUCACAGAGCAGAACUUGUUAAUGGAAAACUAUUUAUCUUGGGCGGAACAACAAGCGGGCUUUGUAAAGAUGCUCUUGACAGCGUUGUUGUUUAUGAUUUCAUUAAGAAUGAGUUCAAGCCAUGUCCAUCGUUACCUCAGCCUGUUUUUGCUAUGUCCACAGUCACUUGGGGUCAUAUGAUCAUCGUCGUUGGCGGUUUGAAUAAGAAUGGCCAGGUAUUAAAUGACGUCAUAAUGUACGACACAGAGACUGGGCAAAGCGAGAGUCUUCCCUGCAUGAUUCACAAAAGGUGCGGCAGCUCUGUCGUGAUCAUGAAUGACGUCAUUGUCGUUUUUGGUGGAUGGAAUAAGGAGCAGGGAUAUCUCAACUCAGUGGAAUCUUUCACCAUUGGUGGAGAUGGUUGGAAAGAACUACCAGGAAUGAUAGAAAAAAGAUACUAUGCUACUGCUGUAGUUAAACCUGUGUAGGAGAAUUUGAUGAAAAAUUUGAAGUAAAAGAGUUUGUCUUUUUUUCCAAGAUUGAGUUGAACACGAAGUUAUAAAUGAACAAUCAGUGAAUGAUUACAUGAAUUAGGCUUUCAAGUCUCCGAGCGCCGCUGACCACCACUGAUCUUUUAUCAAACUGGAUGAUUGAAGAUGUUUUGUAAUAAAAAUGACAUUGUGAUAAUUAUAUCAUAUAUAACUGAUGUAGUCGCAUGUAUUUGUAAAUAUUGUAGAUAAAGACAGAAUAUUCGUAUAUAUCACUUGAUAUUGAAACAAAUCUUUAAAACAUUUGAGAAUUGUUUAGAAUAAAAGACAAUAAUAAUGAACAUUUAUAAAACUAGGAUAGAAUAUGGACGCUGAGUUCAGUCAGAACUAAACAAUUGUAAAUAAAACAAAAUCUCAGAUGAUUCGUAACAAGUAACGUUAGAUCAGACAACUACAGUAUAUUCAUUCUGAUAUUUUCCCUUUUUAUUCCAAGACAAUUUGCAUCAUUUGUUAAUAGUUUUAAUUCUAAUGUUAAUGUAUCAU